GGCACGCACGGCACCGAGACCAGCAAGCAGCAACCCCUUCCUUGGCCUGGCUCCUCCUCGCCCGGCCCGUCCCCCACCGGACUCUGCAAUCCACGAGCUCCUCCCCUCCCACCCACCUCCCCCGCCCUCGCGCCUCCUGCCCCUGCUCCCCGCCUCCACCCACCGGCACCUCCGGCGACCCCACCCCACCCGCCUCCUCCUCGCAAGGCCGCGGCACCAACCCGGCGUCCCCUCGCGGCGACGGCGCGCGACUGUUCCGUUCCCCCUCGCGGCGAGUAACGGAGGAGGGCUGGAGCCAUGAGCGGGGGAGUGGAGCUGGAGACCCCGCCGGGUAGCAGCAGGAGCGGGGGCACCACGCCAGUCGGCGGCAAGCCGCCGCGGCACCACCUCACGUCCAUCCGCCACUGCGCCAGCAGCGCACGCAUCGCCGCGACCUCCGCCGAAUUCGAGCUGGAUUCGGGGACGCUGAGCUUGAUCUCGCCCACAGACAUGCGUCCGGGCUUCUUGCCCGUCUUCCGGUCAGGGAGCUGCGCGGACAUCGGGCCCAAAUCGUACAUGGAGGACGAACAUGUCUAUGUCGACAAUCUCGUCGAGCACCUCGGACUGCGUGGCCCGGGCAUCCAUGCCCCUGGUGCCUUCUAUGGGGUGUUUGAUGGCCAUGGUGGUACAGAUGCUGCCUGUUUUGUCCGGAAGAAUAUACUGAAGUUCAUAACCGAGGAUUGCCACUUCCCCAACAGCAUGGAGAAGGCAAUCAGAAGUGCAUUUGUGAAGGUUGACCAUGCAAUUGCAGAUUCCCAUUCUCUUGACCGUAAUUCUGGGACCACAGCAUUGACAGUCUUUAUAUUUGGCAGGACAUUGCUUGUUGCAAAUGCCGGUGACUGUCGAGCGGUAUUAGGAAAGCGAGGCCGAGCUGUUGAACUCUCUAGAGACCAUAAACCCAGCUGCACGGUCGAGAGGCUCAGGAUUGAAAACCUUGGUGGUACUGUCUUCGAUGGCUACCUCAAUGGUCAGCUGGCUGUAGCAAGGGCGAUAGGUGAUUGGCACAUGAAGGGCUCCAAGGGCUCUCUAUGCCCUCUUACACCAGAACCUGAAUUUCGGGAGGUUAGACUUACCGAGGAAGAUGAGUUCUUGAUAAUAGGCUGUGAUGGCCUUUGGGAUGUGAUGAGCAGCCAGUUUGCUGUGUCCAUGGUAAGGAAAGAGCUGAUGGCGCACAACGAUCCGCAACGGUGCUCACGAGAGCUUGUCCAGGAAGCGCUCAGGCGGGACUGUUGUGAUAACCUAACUGUAGUUGUCGUGUGCUUCUCAGUGGACCCACCCCCUCAAAUUGAGAUCCCGAGAUUCCGGGUACGAAGAAGCAUCUCAAUGGAAGGGCUGCAUACACUGAAGGGAGCCCUUGACAGUAAUGUCUGAGCUCUAAAAUAUACCUUCGCCCGCAACUUUUGUUGUAUGAUGAGUCUUCUCUUUCUUGUUGUUGUCUGUUAAAGUUUUGUUCCGGCCAUUGGGUUUCGAGAUAUAGAUCUCGGAUUAAGUCUGGUAGAGUUACUUUGAAAGAAAUUUUGAAGAGGUGUAGGCUAAUUAAUGAUUUUUGUUGAGGCAAUGACUUAUCUGUACCGGCUGCCAUUUGAUUGUUGAUUGUUCACAAUGUAAUCAAGCAAUUAACCGACAUUGUUGUCCUGGUAUGAAUCAGAGCUAAAACAGUUGAUAAGUUUUUUU